CAAACCGGCCUAAGUCAUAUAACAUGAUAUGGUGUUCGAUCCAUAACUAAGUGAUUCUUUUUAUAUUAUGUGUGUAAACUUAAGUCCUAAUACAAACAACCAUCAAUGAGGAUUUGCCAAAAUAAAUACUGAAAUGGAUUAAACCGUAUUAUACAUUAUGACAUCCUUCUUUGCGUAAGUCACAAGAUACUUAUUAUCUCCCUUUUUAUUUAAGAUAGAAAUGUAAAACAAACAGUGGUUAAGCAGUUGAUUGCCAUGGGAGGAAAAGUAUCUUUUCCCAGGAUAAGCCUUGACAGAAGCAAAACGGUUGUGGUGACCGGUGGUAAUACAGGUAUUGGAUAUGAAACAGCCAAAUGGAUAGCUUUCCUUGGUGCCAAAGUUGUCGUUGCUUGUCGUUCUGAAGAAAGAGCAAAUGAGGCCAUUAACAAAAUCAAAGCAGAAUAUCAAGCAGAGAAAGACAGAGGAACCGAAGGAAUAAUUCAAGAUAGGGAUCUAAAUAUAGAAUUUAUGCAGCUUGACCUUAGUUCAUUAAAGUCGACCAAACGUUUCAUUGAUGAAUACAAGUCAUCAGGGAGAAAGCUUCACACUCUCAUCUGUAAUGCCGGUAUAGCUAUGCAUGAGCAAGCGUAUACAGAAGAUGAAAACGAACUUAUGUUCCAGGUAAACUACUUAAGUCAUCUUCUUAUAGCGUUACAUUUGAUACCAGUAAUGAAAGAGAGCGGAAGUGACGAUUGUCGAAUAGUUAUGGUAUCCAGUGCAGCCCACUUAAUGGCGUCUUUUGAUGUAACCAAAAUUCAAGGAAAUCAUUUGUCUAAAGACAAGUUUGACAGACUUAAAUACUAUGGCAAUUCCAAACUUUACCAGAUAAUGCAGAUGUAUUAUAUGAACAGAAGAUUAAAAGAAUCAAAUGUUUCAGUUUUGAGUAUACAUCCUGGCAUUGUAGAAACUGAAAUUAAUAGGAGUUUUCAAGAUCUUGGGCGAUGGAAAUUUUUCUUUAGAGUGACUAAACUGUUUGGUGUUACGAAAAAUCCGAUAGAGGGGGCUGAGUCAUCGAUCAAUGCAGCAAUUAACCCAGAUCUCAAAGGAACAAGGGAUGUUUAUUUUCAAAAUUGUAAACCAUCAUCAACAAAUUCAACUGCAAGGAAUAUGGUUAACCAGGAGACAUUGUUGAAGUUUUCACUUGAACUUUUAAAAGAUUAUAUAACAGAAGAUAUAGCAAAAGAUUGGAUGCCAGAAAUUCAGCUUUGAGUAUGAAGUAACACGUAUUAAAACAAUGGUG